AUGGGUUUCAAUGUAAUUAGGCUACUGCGCGGAUCAGCUGUAGCGGUGGUUCUAGCCCCCACUGUCUUACUGACAAUGCUCUCUUCUGCUGAAAGAGGAUGCCCUAAGGGUUGUAGGUGCGAGGGCAAAAUGGUAUACUGUGAAUCUCAGAAACUGCAGGAGAUCCCCUCAAGCAUAUCCGCCGGUUGCUUGGGUUUAUCCCUUCGCUACAACAGCCUCCAAAAACUUAAGUAUAAUCAGUUUAAAGGGCUCAAUCAGCUCACCUGGCUCUACCUUGACCAUAACCAUAUCAGCAAUAUUGACGAGAAUGCUUUCAAUGGGAUACGCAGACUCAAAGAGUUGAUUUUGAGUUCCAACAGAAUCUCUUAUUUUCUUAACAACACCUUCAGACCUGUGACCAAUUUACGGAACUUGGAUCUGUCCUAUAAUCAGCUCCAUUCUCUGGGAUCUGAACAGUUCCGGGGCUUGAGGAAGCUGCUUAGUUUACACCUCCGCUCCAACUCCCUGAGAACCAUCCCCGUGCGGAUCUUCCAAGACUGUCGCAACCUGGAACUUCUGGACCUGGGGUAUAACAGGAUCCGAAGUUUAGCCAGGAAUGUCUUUGCUGGCAUGAUCAGACUAAAAGAACUUCACCUGGAGCACAAUCAAUUUUCCAAGCUCAACCUAGCCCUUUUCCCAAGGUUGGUGAGCCUUCAGAACUUGUACAUGCAGUGGAAUAAAAUCAGUGUCAUAGGGCAAACCAUGUCCUGGACUUGGAGUUCCUUACAGAGGCUUGACCUGUCGGGUAAUGAGAUCGAAGCCUUCAGUGGACCCAGUGUCUUCCAGUGCGUCCCCAACCUGCAGCGCCUCAACCUGGAUUCCAACAAGCUCACAUUUAUUGGUCAAGAGAUUCUGGAUUCUUGGAUCUCUCUCAAUGACAUCAGUCUUGCCGGGAAUAUAUGGGAAUGCAGCAGGAAUAUCUGUUCCCUGGUAAACUGGCUGAAAAGUUUUAAAGGGCUGAGAGAGAAUACAAUUAUCUGCGCCAGUCCCAAAGAGCUGCAGGGGGUAAACGUGAUCGACGCGGUGAAGAACUACAGCAUCUGUGGCAAAAGCACCACCGAGAGGUUUGACCUAGCCAGGGCGCUCCCCAAGCCCACGUUUAAACCCAAGCUCCCCAGGCCGAAGCACGAGAGCAAGCCUCCUCUGCCCCCCACGGUGGGAGCUACCGAGCCCAGCCCAGAGACAGAUGUGGACACGGAGCACAUCUCCUUCCAUAAGAUCAUCGCUGGCAGCGUAGCCCUUUUCCUGUCGGUGCUGGUCAUCCUCUUGGUAAUGUACGUGUCCUGGAAGCGGUACCCAGCCAGCAUGAAGCAGCUGCAGCAGCGCUCCCUCAUGAGAAGGCACCGGAAGAAGAAACGGCAAUCGCUCAAGCAAAUGACUCCAGGCACCCAGGAAUUUUAUGUAGAUUAUAAACCCACCAACACGGAGACCAGCGAGAUGCUGCUGAACGGAACGGGACCCUGCACCUAUAGCAAGUCAGGCUCCAGGGAGUGUGAGAUACCUUUAUCAAUGAAUGUGUCAACCUUUCUGGCAUACGACCAGCCCACAAUAAGUUACUGUGGGGUUCAUCAUGAACUUCUCUCCCAUAAGCCCUUUGAAACGAAUGCACAGGAAGACACGAUGGAAAGCCACCUAGAGACUGAGCUGGACCUGAGCACAAUCACGUCAGCUGGCCGCAUCAGUGACCAUAAACCACAGCUGGCUUGA